AUGUCCGCAGAAAUGGAAGUCGACCCUCCAGUGGCGCAGGAAGAGGUUCCCGCGCAGUCGGGCAACAGUACCUCUGAUCCGAGAACAGACGCGGGAGCUGUUGCAGUGCGCAGUAUCGAGGGAUGGAUCAUCAUCGCGACCAAUAUCCAUGAAGAGGCGUCCGAGGAGGAUGUGACGGAUCUUUUUGCUGAAUAUGGAGAGAUCAAGAACUUCAACCUGAACCUUGAUCGCCGAACGGGUUAUGUCAAGGGUUACGCGUUGAUCGAGUACUCUACCCUCCCCGAAGCCACAGAAGCCAUCAAAGCCUUGAACGGGUCCAAAUUGCUGGACCAGACAAUCCAGGUCGACUACGCAUUUGUUCGGCCGCCUCCAUCAAACAAGGGAAAGAAUGCUGGACAAAGAGGGGUCCGUGGUGGACGGGGUCGCAGCAGAAGCCGCGAGAGGAGUCGCAGCCCUGGCGCCGAAGAAGCGAGAGAGUAG